AUGUCUGGUUCAGAUCGUAGUUGUACUAGUAAAACUGAUAGUAGCAGUAGUAGUAGUAGUAGUAGCAGUGACGACGAUCCUGCACCAUUGGAUCGUAAAACGAUAAAAAGAAAAAAUAGAUUUUUGGAUCCCGAUUUUAAGAUUCAUGAAGUGUCUAGUCAAACUUUAAAGAAAUAUAAGCAAGAUUCACUUCCAAGACAAAGAAUACCACAUGAUGAGACACUACAGGCUAAUAUAAUAGAACCUGAAUCUGAUGGUGUUACAAGUGCUACAGAUGAUUUAGAUGCAGCACCGACUUUACUGGAGACGUCGUCAUUUAACGAAUACUUACACGAUGAAACUCUACAAUCAGAUGAUGAUAGAGAUGUAAGCGCUACUGCAUAUGAGAGCAUUUGUAACAGCGAUAACCAAAAUAAAAUUGAUGAAAUCGAUUUGAGUAAUAACAGUGAUAAUGAUAGUAGCACAGAUGUUGAUUAUGAUGAAAGUAACAGCUCCGAUGACAGUGAAAUUGAAAGUGAUUUUGACAGCCCUGAUGAUAGGAAUGUCAAAAAUGAUUAUAUCUUCAGCAAAUUGAUGUUCGAAGCAUCCAAAUUAACUGUGCGUGAUGUUAUUGUAUUGAAUAGUGCAUUCGCUUUGAGAUAUCAUCUUCCAGAUGAAGCACGUUUAAUGCUUAUGAAAAUGUUCCAAUUGUGUGCAGGCCCAACAUUUGAUAGUUUAAAUUUGUCGAUAUAUCUAAUGUCUGAAUGUUUGUCCUCACAGAAUGAUAAAAUAACGAAACAUUAUUACUGUAGUAAGUGCUCAGAAGUUAUUAUGUAUUACGUAAACGCUGCAGAAAGACAAUCCAAUAAAAAAUUAAUUUGCCAAAAGUGCAAAGCAAACAAUAUUGUCACACAGUCUUCUCCGAAUUAUUUCAUGUCAAUUGAUUUAUAUAGUCAAUUUAGUCAGUUUUUUUCAAAUAAAGAAAAUGUUGACAAUCUGCUAAAAAAUAUCAAUGCCAGAAAUACUUCUUUUAAUACUCCCUGUGACAGUAUCACGGAUGUUCAUGAUGGAUCAAUUUACAGAAGUAUGAAAUGUUCUACGGUUAACCAUGGUAAUGAGUUGGAAUAUAUGUUGACACUAAAUAUUAGUACAGACGGAGCACCUCUGACGAAGAGUGGUAAAAGGGCAUUUUGGCCCCUACAAGUCAUCAUAAACGAUCUCUCUCCAAAAUUGAGAUUUCGGUAUGUGUUUUUAGCUGGUUUAUUAAUAGUUAAACAAGAGCCAAAAUCGAACUUGAUGAAUUUGUAUAUUCAGACUUUUAUAGAUAAGCAACUUAAUAAUUUAAAUACUAGAAAGCUAACCAUUGUCAAUAAAAACAAUACUAGAAUUGUAUUAAAAUUUAACAUUUUAAGUUGCGUUGUUGAUUCUGUGUGCCUUCCCAUCAUACAAAACCGCCUGCAGUUUAAUGGGUAUUGUGGUUGCAGUUGGUGCUACCAGUCGGCAGAAUUUAUAAAAGAAGUUUGUGGCAUACGCUAUACUUUUCAUCAAGAAAGUACUCAUAGGACUCAUGAAAGUCACGAGAAAGAUGUAAAAUUAGCAUUAGAGACUAAAACCAUUCAAAACGGUGUCAAAGGUAUUUCUGCCUUACAAAAACUGCAACACUUCGAUUUAGUAUGGUCCUUUCCAUACGAAUAUAUGCACGGUAUGUUACUUGGAGUCACAUUCCAAAUUUGGAAAGAAUGGAAAAGUCAGGAAUGCUUGUUUAAAUUACAAAAAAAAGAGAUUGAAAUGAUAGAAAAACGGUAUUUAAAUAUAACACCUACUAAUGAAAUACAUAGACUUCCACGAUCUGGAAUAUUCGGAGGAACUGCAAAGCCUAAAGCCUCCGAAUUAAAAUCUUGGUUGCUGUACUUCAGUUUGCCUUGCUUAAGUGGUAUAUUGAAUGAUGAAGCUUUAAGACAUUAUAGCCUACUUGUUAAGAGCGUGCAUACGCUUAUAAAAACAAGCAUUUCUCACAAUGAACUCGACGAAUGUGAAAAAAAUCUAUUAAAAUUUGUAUGCGAGUAUGAAAUGUAUUAUGGAGAAAAAGGGAUGACAUUUAACGUACAUAGUUUACUACACGUUGUUGAAUCCAUUAGAAAAACGGGGCCUUUGUGCAUGAAUUCGGCUUUUCCUUUUGAAGGAAACGUAGAAACGUUUUCAUCGUCAGAACAAAUUGGUAGUUUAUGUAAAAGUAUGUUUAUGCCAAAAAGAUUAAAUAUAUUUUAUAAGGAAGGCGUAGAAAAUGUUUUAUAUGUUGGAAGAAAUCUUUAUAAAGAGUCUGAGUAA